AACUUUCGCUUUGACAGUUAAUUCCUCUGUCAAAAAUCACUAAGUUUUAACACGAAUUUAUUAACUAUUGAAAAUCAUUUCCAUUUUACGAGAUUUCCAGGAGAUUUCUAAGGUAUUGUCAGGCUUCAGUUUGAAGAAAGUGUAAAAACGAAAUUUAUCUAAUCUAUCUAAUCUAUCUAAUCUACUCUCAAGCUGAGGAAUUCUAUGAAGAAGACAGCUGUUCAAGUCCCACGGCCUUCGAAUCAUCUUGGAUAAUCUUCGUUCUUCUAGUCGUCCGUCACGUUAGGAAAUCUUGGAGAUCUACUAAUACUGAAGUGAACGUGUGCACAGCAAUUUGGACUGAAAGUUACACACUGAGCGAGCUUCCUAUCAUCUCUUUAUCAUUAAACUAAAGGUAAUUGGGUUACUUGUCGCCAUAGAAGCCUUACAAGCCCAGCAAAACUUUACCAGAAAGCAUUGUAGAUGAAAACUCAAGAAUAACGAUGAAUAACACCACUAAUAUCACCGCGUCUGACGGGGAAGAUUUUUGCGAUUACACAAGGCCGAGCGAAGUCGGUAUAAUCGUGAUGAGCAUGUUUUACAUUGUCAUGACAAUCUUAUCAUUAACUGGUAACAUUCUCGUCAUACAAACCGUUGCCGUGAAUCGUCGCAUGCACACUGUUACCAACUACUUGAUCAUCAACAUGGCAGUAGCUGAUUUGCUCUUAACUGUAUUUAACAUGCCCUCAACGACAGCGUCUUUUCUUAAGACCACCAGUUAUUGGGUUCCAGGGAAGCUUGGGCUAGCAAUGUGUAAGCUGAUUCCAUUUAUUCAAGCGGUUUCUGUUGGCAGCUCGGUGUGGAAUAUGAACGCGAUUGCGCUCGAUCGCUUCUUCGCUGUGGUGUUCCCUAUCCGUCGAUACGUUACCUUCCCCGUCGCGUAUGGGAUGAUGGUCGUCGUCUGGACACUAGCCAUUGGAAUCAGCGCGCCGAUUUUAUACGCCAUGAAUCUGGAACCCGCGGAAGAGCCCGGACAAUACUACUGUGGAGAGACUUGGAAUCUCGAAGACGUCAGCACAAGUUCAGCUCCUAAAGACUACACUAUUGCUCUCUUUCUUUUUUUCUACGCCAUUCCACUACUUAUGAUUUCCGUCUUGUAUUCAUUCAUUAUCUACAAGCUGUGGAUACGAAAACUGCCUGGACAAAGAAGCGAGACCAAUGAACAGAGGGCAGACAAGUCAAAGAAAAAAGUCCUGAAGAUGUUACUGAUCGUAGUCGUCUUGUUCGCGAUUUGCUGGCUUCCACUUUACGUCACUCAGUUUAUGUACUUCUUCGGGGGACCCUGUGGGGCGCCAACAUCUGUGGUGUAUUUUGGUUAUUUCAUUGGCCACGCCAACAGCGCUAUCAACCCGUGCAUAUACGUUUUAUUUAACGAGAACUUCAGAAAGGGGUUUCGUGAUGCACUGCUAUGUCGUUGCCAGAGGAGAAGAAUUAUACCCGGGGCAUCGACGAUUGGCAUCGACAACACUUACAUUGAUCGUGGUGCAACGUCGUUCAAGUUAAACGUUGUAUCGCCGGCGAGACAAAGAGUGAACGACACUUAUCAAUGAUAACAAUAACAGGUGUUUUGGGAGCCGCGGUUCUUUGCAGUGAACAGCUCUUUCAAACCAAACCCUUGACCUUCAAGCCUUCAAAUUUUGUCGAUACCCAGAAGCCUCUGGGCUGGUCAAUCAGGGCGCACGGCUAACUGACUCACAAAUCGACUCGAAAUUUAGCCAGGACAUGUGUUAUUAAUGCCGCUGAAGAAUGUGAUACCACAGGAUAGAAGUCGUUCUGGUUGAACCUACAGGCAAAAUGAAAUUUUGUUGGGUUUCAACCGAACGCCUAGCAACAGUAACAAAAGACGCUGACGAUAGGCAAAGUAUACUAUGGUGGAAUACGGCAAAAUAGGGAACAAGUAUAUGAGAAUGGACGCACGACUGCAGUGUAUAGUGUCUAUAUGGGAAGGAGGAAAGAAAUACAAAUAGAAUAGUGAGAUUUUUUAGUUUUUAUUUUAAAAAUUCCUAAAUAAUCUUAUGUCCAUAGCUACAUAUAUAAUUUGUUUAUUUAUUGAUAAAUUACUAUCUAAUUAUAUAUUAAAAAACCAAAUCGUGCCCAUAAAUAGUGAAUUUGGAAAACGAACCAACGAGAAAUAAAAUUGUAAUUCAUAUCCGAACAUAACCGGUCUCGUUCAAUGACGUCAUAUUUGGAUGACGUCAAGGGUCAUGACGUAUCUUGAUGACGUUAUAAAUUGAUGACGUAGCCUUGCAUUGGUUAAUUUAAAAAUCCUAUUACUGGUUUUUCCGAAAUACCUUUAAAAAGUAAGGYUGUGCUGUGCAUAAUUAUUAUAGACCUUUUCAGGUUUUUCCAUUUCAGACCACGUGUCAUUCUCUAGGGAAUAAGAUUCUUCGUUUGAGUUGUAUCCAUAUUCAAGUGUCUUCUCAACUGUCCUUUUUUUUCACGAGGGUAGCACUUAAUAGCCAAUGGCUAACAAACCUGUGGCUCUCACUCCGUGAUCGAAUUGGAAUUUAGGAGUUGAUUUUUUUCUGUUAAACAAAGAAAUGAUAUGCAAGAAAAUAACAUGUGGUCUGAAAAGGGGAAACGUACAUUAGGCCCAAGUCGAGUAGGUCUUCUGGUCGCCAACAUUAAUUAAAAAAUCCCAACCUAACUUUUCCCGUGAAAAAAAAUAAAGUGUGCUUUGAAUAAAUAUAAUUGUAAUAAGAGAUAUUAUUAAUUAUAAGCCGGAAAUAAUGAUAAUAAUAAUGAUAAUAAUAAUGUAAUUAUAAUUCAUAUAUUGCUUAUUUUAAUUCAUAUAUAUUGCUUAUUUAACUCAAUUUUUCUGAAUAUCUUCAAUUUGCAAUAAAUUAUCUUUAAUUUCUUUCCUGAAAUCAGAAAUCCAGCGAUGAAUAACCAAUCAAGCGUCUAGUUAAUAUCACGUUGAACCAUACGUCACUGACAACUGGUCUUUCAUUGGUCAUAAUUUCCCGCCUCUUUUAAAAUUAGCAUACGUUUACCGGUACAGCGGUCGUACUCAUAGUGACUCGAAUACCUUUAGGUACCAGCCUCUCUAUAUCUUUGUCUUAUUCAUUCUUCAAAGUCUUGACCUUGCCGUUGAUUGGUUGGAUUUGAACAUGUGAUUUGUUUUGUAUUCUGAUUUCCAGUAUUGGGAACAUAAUAUUUAGAGCAAAAAAUUUUGUGAAUGAAAUGAUAAUCCUAAGAAAAUAAAAGGGAAAGAAUAGGUCACGUGA